AAGUAUGGAAAGGAGAAGAUACAUUGUAUGCUCGUCCAAGCGGAACGACGUCAGUUUGCUCUGCGAUAAUCAAAUCACAGAUAUCACUUCCGUCAUCGACUAAACACAAAGUACAUACAUAGCUUCUUCGUUCAGUAUAGGUUUAGCACAAACAACUCUAGGGUUUAUGAGUCCCAAUUCUCGAACCCUUUUUCUCUAUAAUCCUCAAGAAUAGCUGUAUUCGUGAACCCAAUUUCCAUGGAUAGACACAAAGGAGAGAGGUACAACUCAGACCCAUUUCAAUACAACCAUUCAAGGGGUCCUCCAUCUCCUAGAACUUUUUCUGAUGGUUCUGGGAACCCUCAACAUCAUCAUCGUCGAAGUCCGGAGGAAUACCGUGGCCCCCGUCACCACCGGGCCUUCAAUAGCCCUCCUCGGCACCCUACUGAUACUACUGCUGCUACUGGUGGUGGUGGUGGUGGGGUUGAUUCUGGAAGGUUGCAUUCGGGUUACCAGAUGCCACCACCGCCUCAUCCUCUUUCGGGGCAAAAACGGGGUUACCCGUCUCCAGAACAAGUUGAUGAAGCUGGUUUUGCCAAACUUUUUGUUGGAUCUGUCCCAAGAACGGCAACUGAAGAAGAUAUCCGACCUUUGUUUGAGGAACAAGGACGAGUUCUCGAGGUUGCUUUCAUCAAAGAUAAGAGAACUGGGCAACAACAAGGAUGUUGUUUUAUUAAGUAUGGUACUUCAGCUGAAGCUGAUAGAGCUAUAAGAGCAUUGCACAAUCAAUAUACUUUGCCUGGGGGAAUUGGUCCUAUUCAAGUCAGGUAUGCAGAUGGUGAACGUGAACGCCUUGGUGCAGUUGAAUACAAGUUAUUUGUUGGGUCACUGAACAAACAAGCUACAGAGAAGGAAGUUGAAGAAAUAUUUUUACCAUAUGGUCGUGUGGAAGAUGUCUAUCUCAUGCGUGAUGAUAUGAAGCAAAGUCGUGGUUGUGGAUUCGUCAAAUAUUCUAAUAGAGAUAUGGCAAUGGCUGCUAUAAACUCUCUGAGUGGAAAUUAUACAAUGAGGGGGUGCGAUCAACCUUUAACUGUUCGGUUUGCUGACCCUAAGAGACCUAAACCUGGAGAACAACCUAGAGGUGGUGGACCAGCUUUUGGUGGACCUGGUGUUGGACCUCGCUUCCCAACACCUGGGAUUAGACCACCGCCUAAUAUUGGCGAGCCUUUGCAAGGACAAGUUGGUCCUAGUGCUUGGCGUCCUAUGAGUCCUGAAGGUUUCAGGCCAAUUUCCAACCAAGGGAUGCAUGGUUUUGGAAAUCAAUUUCCUCCUAGAUCCACUGAUACCACAGUGCCUUCUGCUUUGGGUGGCUCCUUCAGGAGUGUUAAUGGCACUGGAAAUGGGAUGCUUACAGGACUUGCAGCUUCUUCUGCUCCUACACCGCAACUGUCUGCUCAACAAUUCCCCACUGUUGGCCCACAAAUUUCUUCACUACAAAAGCCACUUCAGUCACCACAGCAUAUACCAUCUUCCGUGCAGUUUCAGCCUCCAGCGUCAAUACCUAUGUCACAGGGACCAACAUCUCAUGCUUUGUUUGGGCAGACAAAUCAAGUACAAAUGUCCCACUCUGCUGGUCAAAGUCCUUUCCGUCAGGGAGUGCCAUCGCAGCAGUCGCUUGGUUUGACUGGGCAAUCAACUGUUUCUCAGUCCCAGGUGCAGCGCAAUAUGACACCUGUCAUUGGACAUACACCCUUAAGUAACAACAUGCAAAUACAUGCUGCAUCUGCAAAUGCAAACCAGCAGCCUUUCCAGCAGCAGUCGGUCCAACAUCUUCAACGGCCACCUUCGCAACUAGCACAGAUGUUGUCUCAACAGACCCAAACUCUGCAGGCGAGUUUUCAAUCAUCGCGGCAAACCUUUACUCAGCUUCAGCAACAAUUGCAGCUCAUGCAACCAUCUAGCCAAAACUCAGCAGUCCAGCAGGGCACACAAGAUGCUAAACAACAGUCUCCAUGGCCUGGGCUUGUUCAACAAGCGGCACCUAAUGCCACUGCUGUCCAACCAAAAGCAGAUGCACUUCCUGCUACAUCUGGAAUGAACCAGACUACAAGUCUGGUGAAAUGUAAUUGGACAGAGCACACAUCUCCUGAUGGAUUCAAGUACUAUUACAGCAGUACUACUGGAGAAAGCAGGUGGGAAAAGCCGGAGGAGCUGAUAUCAUAUGAACAACAACAGCAAAAACUGUCGGUCCAACAGUCUCAUAAUCAGGCUCAACCACAGGGGUUUCCUUCCCAACAAGUUCCUGAAAUGCAAGCACAGCCUCGAAGUCAGCUUCCAACAUAUGCCCCAACCCAGGUCCGCCCUCAACUAUCGCAACAAGCUUCUCAAGCUACUCUGUACCCAGUUGGAAUGACAGGUCAACAACCGAUUCAGGGGAUUCAAGCUACUCAGGAAUGGAUGUGGAAAAACAAGCCUGCAGGAGCUUGAGUUUUUGCGGCUAAAAUGAUGCAUUUAGCUGGAAGCAGAUGUAACAAUUUUAUAUUGUGCAGCCUGAUUUCAAAGGAGAUGUAGCAUUACUCUGUGAAUAUGUUUUGGUAGAGGAAUUAACAGUGUUGAGUACACUGCCCUAAGGAGUCAAUGCUAAAAUGCCAGUCUACGCGUUAGCUCUGAAUGCUUAGAGAUUGCCAUUGUGUGCCUCCUUAAGGUUUCCAGCAUUUCCUUGAUACUCCCUACUGUAUCGUAUUAUAUUUAUAUAUCAGAGCCCACAGUUGGGUUCAAAGAUGUCUGUAGUCUAGAAAUAAUCCCCUCCCCAGCAAACCUUGGCAAAAGAAAAUUAAUCAUUCAAUCAUAGUUUGUUGUGUAUGACAUGGUUGCGUUGCCUUGUAUUAUUAUGUUAUAUACUUGGGGCACCAUUCAUUAGCUUUUUUUACGUG